UCCAUGUGGACUUGUCCUCGAAUCUGAUGUUCAAUAUCUGCUCUCAGGUAUCGUCUCGGGCCAAAACUUCCUGUUCACCAACUUGUGCCUCAACAUUCUCCACGUCAUCUCGCCAGUAAUGUCCGAAGUUCCAUCCGGACUUCUUGACACUGUCAGCAAUCUGGUUUGCGACAUCUUCAACCUGUUGCCGACUCUUCCCAGCUGGUUGGAGGGUAACGGUGGUCUUCUUGGUCAUCUCCUUGGUGCCAAUGGGAAUCCUCUUCUUGAUGGUCUGAUUGGCGGUCCAUCUGGAGCUCCCGGAGUGAUCGACAGUCUCCUUGAGCAGCUUCUCGGUUCCAAUCUCCUCAAGGCCAUCCUUGCCGGUCAAGAUGGUGCUCUUCUCUCUAACCUGCAGUUGGCUGAUAAUGCUGGCCUUCUGGAUGGAAUUAUCGGUGGUGUAUUGGGAGGAGGAUCUUCUGGAUCUGGAUCUGGCGGAAGUGGUGGUGGUCUUCUUGGCGGUAUCCUUGGAGGUGGUGGUCUUCUUGGCCGCAAG